AUGGCGCUGAGCAAACCCUUUUCCCGGCAUGCUCCGCGUAACCGUCAUCCGGUUCCGUACAUUAAGAUGGCGGCGCCUAUCCUGUUUUCCCAGCAUGCCGUGCGUGCUGAUUCCGUACUGCAAGGUGGCAGUGACUGUGCCCCUUUCCCGGCAUGCUCCGCGCCUCUCCCUCCCGACAGGUGUCCGUACGCUAAGAUGGCGGCGCCCGGCGGUAGCUCCGGGCGACGGCUGGUGCAGUACGUGGUGCUGCGGGGGGACCUGCAGCGGGAGCCGCUCUCGUGGCCGCUGGGGGCCCUGGUGGCUCAGGCCUGCCACGCGGCCCUGGCGGUGGUGCACGCGCACUACGGGCAGGCGGACACCGGGGCCUACCUGGCUGAGGGCGGCAGCAUGAGGACGGUGGUGCUGGAGGCCCCGGAUGAGUGUGCCUUGACGACGCUAGCUGGGACUCUGAAGCAACACAACAUCGAUCACAAAGUGUGGAUAGAGCAGCCAGAGAACAUCGCCACUUGCAUCGCACUCAGACCCUACCCCAAAGAGGAAGUGCACCAACAUCUGAAGAAGUUCAGAUUGCUCAAAUGACCUUUACCCUAGCUUCCCAUUAUAGGUCCCUCACCUUCCUUGUGUCAUACAGACUUAACCAGAACAUGUAGCUUUCCUGGGUGCGUCUGGCUGUAAAAAUGGUACAGAUCUAUAUGGAGACAAUAAAGCUGCAUGUGUCCUAAAAGCAUCAUUUUAAGAUGCAUCUGCUGAAGAACUUAUAACCUUUUUACUGCAUGUUGCUGUUAAAGCCAGUGCUCUUCACUGGAGAUGAUGAAACGCCCAUGUCUUUCACUUCCAUGGAAAGGGAUUUUGGUGGAAUGUAUGAAUGCAGCUUAUUCCAGAAUAAAUAUUCACAUAUCAGCUUUGAGCCAUCAAAAUUGCAGUGAGCAAAGAUGGAAAAGAUCUAAUGGCACACUUAGUCUGUCCCCCAGCCAGAGUGGGUUUUUUCCGUACAACAAACUCACUAGAUUGUGUCAAUUCUCAUUUUUAGAUGUCUCCAGGAAUGGAGCUUCCACUGCUUCCAGGGGGAAAAUUAUUCCUUAGACCAACAGGUCUUGCUUUCUAGGGCAGAAUUUUUCUCAGACAUUCAACCUAAAUUUCACCCCAUUAUUCCUAUCUCUGAUGCUGAAUUCUUCUCCUGCCAUGGCCUAUAGAGAAUAGGUAGUAGUGAGAUGUCCUUUAGUUUGUCUUUCAGUCCUGGAGCUGUUUUAGUUCUGUCAAAGUCAGCUCCUCCAGGUCUCUCAUCCUCUUCCUUUCUCCUCUCUGAGCUCUCUCCAGUUUGUCUGGGUCUUCCAAAUGAGUUACCCACAUGCAGUCUGUCCUCUAACAGCUGGGGUGAUGCUGCUGCAUAUGCAGCCCAAAAUCAUAGCUAGCGCAUCGCAUAAGAUGCGUGCAGUUACACACAGGUUUGCAAUUUGUGGUACCCUAUUGUGCUGUAGGUCUCUCAACACUACUGCUGCCUUGCUUUCUCCCUUCCAUGGCCUCCCUGUGAAGCAGAAGACUUAUCCACAGCUGUUUGAUAGUUACCCAGAGUUUGUUUGUGGGGAGCAGCUCUUGUUAAGUGCUAUAGGGCAGCCCUCUACUGGCAGGAUUUGAAAUGAGCAAAUGCUAAGAAAGGGAAAAAUGUAGGUUGAAUACAAGGAAAAGCUUCCAUGGAGCUUUGAAGCCCUGGUGACUUAAUCUUUAGUGUAUGCUGGAAGGAGUGUUCCUGGAUCAGUCACAAGGAGUUGGAGUGGGUGAGCUAACUGACCUCUUCCAUCUCUGACUUCUGUAUGAGGGAUCAUAACUGUCAAAUAACUGCUCUGGGUGACACUGUCAGCUCUGCUGCUGCUCAGCCUUGGUAGCUUUUCUUAGCCUCUUUCUACGUACGGUGAGCACUAUUGCCUUGUCUCUCUCUAAUUCACCUCCGUGUUGCCCCUCUGCUUGGAGUCACAUCUCUGCUCUUUUGCACCCAACAACCUCACUAUCAGUCAGGCUUCUCCCCCAGAUUCACCCCUUUUACCUUUGUUUCAACUGCACAAGCCCUGAUGCUGUUUUCCCCUAAGCAAAAGACAAGGGAAAGCUUAAAAAUCUGCUUUAACAAAAGGAAUGAGUGUGAGUAAAUACAAGUGGUGACGGGAGGGAAGGAGAGCUGUUACUGAAGAUAACAGCUUUGCCCUCUGGGACAGCUGUUCAAAGCUCCCGGUGUUAAGUGGUAAUGCAUUUUGCAUUAGGCCUCAUUUUUGGCAAUUUCUGAUGCCACAUGGCUGCAGAGUCUAAUGGGGAGUUAAAUAAACCCAAGUGUCUUGGUUCAAACCAAGCAUUUAGCUUGUCACCGCAAGGGGUUAAUAUGAUAUGGAUAGAAAUGGUUAAUGAUGCUCUUCAAAGAGGGGGUUAGUGAAGCUAUUUUUUUGGAUAGGAUUUAGAUUAUUCCCCAUGUGUUACAGAGCCAGCCACACUGGGCUAAUGGCCCAGAGCUAGAAAGGGAAACAGACCAAUCUAAAAGCACUGUCCAAGCUAAAGGAAAUGCAAAAAGUAAGAUGCUAGCACUGCUGGUGAGAGAGUGUGCCCCACUUUCUUAACCCCUCUCCAUAUGUGACCCCAUGCAGCUGUAGUUCCCAAUGGAAAAGGCUUGACUGUGUUUUCAUAAACCAGCUUAGUUCUUUAUGCAGGUAAGUCUCAUUUGCUCACGUGUGGCUGUGAAUUGGCAGUUCUUAUUUCAAUAGAACUGGGUUGAAAAUAAACAUGGUUUUCUUUACCA